AUCUCCAUCUCCAUCAUCAUCAUCAUCAGCAGCAUCGUCAGAUUACUCAUCUUUUGAAGAGAAUGUUUUCGGAAUGAUAGGUGUCAUUUCUGAGGAUUGUGGCAGUCAGUUCGUUGGAACUCUUGUAAGUGUGUUGGUUGGUUUGAUUCCCGUUGCUAAGAAGAGAAGUCGUAUAGCUGUUGAUCAAGGGAAAAGAAUGCUCUUUUCGCCUUUCCUUGAUAAAAAGGUCGUGGGUACCCAUAGACCAUCUCCAUGUAUUGCCUCAGCUCGAGGCGAUGCAUCAGGUGGUGUUCAAUCUGGCUUUCUCUGCCCUACUCUUAUUCGGGAUAGAAAGUUGAUUGGCUGUGAACAGAUAACUCUCAUUCAGGAGGUUAGCAAGUCAGUUGUGUUCAAGAAACUACAUGCCACUUCAAAAUUCUUUUCUGGUUCAUCAUCAUCAUCAUCAUCCUUAUCGUCGUCGUCUGAUGAUUCUUCCUAUCAUCAUCUUCGACAGCAUGAUGUUUGUUCUACGUUUGCUAGCACAAUUCACUGCGUGCUUGAUGGGAUGAUCAUGAAUCCAAUUCGAAAUGAAGAUACUAACGAGCUUGAGGAAAUGACCACAACAGCACCCGGUUGUCAUGCAGCUGCUAACAAUUUUGGGAGUACAGAUGUUGUCGAGAAAGGAAGUCAAAUUUCGUUUUUCAGCAAGGGGUACGUAUCUCAGAUGAUUUCUCUUUAUGAGAGUAAACGAUCAAAUAUCGUUUUUGAGAAAGAAAGUCAAAAAUCUUUCUUCAGCAAAGGGCAGAAUUAUUCGAUAAGUACGAACCAUCUAUUUGAAAGGAAACAAUCCAAUCUCGUUUUUGAGAGCAAUAGUAAGCCGGGGCCUAUUGAAAGUGAGAGUGAGAAUUCAACAAAUAUUGGCUUGAGUUGUAAACAAGAUAAAAAGGUUGUGGGUGUUCAUAGAGCGUCGCCGUAUAUUCCCCCAGCUCCAGGUGAUGCAUCAGUUAUUGUUCAAUCAGGGUUUCUUCAACCUGCUCUUACUCAGGAUGGGAAGUUGAUUGGGUGUGAGAAUCGACAGGGUAAAGAUAAGCAAUUAACUUCUGUCAUGGAGCGUACAAGGAAAUUGCAUGAAGUUGACUUGAUUAGGAAACAGGAAAUAAAUGCCGUGAACAUUCAUAGCAUUGUUCCUAAGGGUGGCAAGCCGAUUGACUCUCAGAAACACAAGGGACAGAAAAAACAAUUAAAUUCUGUUAUGAAGCGUAGAACCGUAACUGGAUUGGUGCGGAAACAACAUAAACAAGUAGUGGGUACCCAAAGAACCAUUACCGGUGUUGUCCUAGAUCAAGGACAUAUACCAGCUGUUCGGUCAGGGUUUGAACAACCAACUCUUAUUCAGAAAUAUAGCAGCACGUCGAUCGGGUCUGAGAAACUCCAGGGAUCUGAGACACUAUUAAUUUCUGUUGCACAGAGUAAAAAGAAGCCAGGGAUCAUCGACUCAAGCAGGAAAAAUCAUAUAAAUGUUGUGAGUACCCGUAAAGGUUUGGUUGGUGAGAGGUCUCUACAGUCAGUAUCCAAAAAAAAACCAGGAAACAUCGACCCAAGCAGGAAGAAGGAGAUGAAGGUUGUGAGUACGCGUAAAGAUUUGGUUGAUGAGAGGUUUCUUCAGUCGGUAUCCAAAAAGAAUCAAGGAAACCUUGAUCCAAGCAGAAAAAAUGAUAUAAAGGUUGUGGGUACGCUCAAAGAUUUUGCUGAUGGGAGGUCUCUUCAGUGUGCAUCCAAACAGAAGAAUGUUAAAACUGUUCCUCAAGCACCACCUUAUAAAGGUCACAAAAUCAGCUCUACUUCUGAGCUCAAACCUCAGUGGAAAUUCUAGAGUAAGACGGUGACCAUGAGCUACAAGCAAAGCCACACAAUCUAUACAGCCAGGGAUGUUUCAGUACAUAAUUUUUAUAUAUAUUAAAUAGAUAUUACUUGCUACUUGCUUGGAACUUACUUUUGUUCUGGUGUAUGCAGGUUGUGAAGAGUGCACACAACUCAUCCAGUUAUCUCCAGUUUUUAAUUGUGAGGCCAACUUUAAAUAUACGUAAGCAGCUGCAAGGGUAAAGGUAUUUCAAAAUCGAAAAGACCAUUAAACACUGACUGCAUUGUUUUAAAUGCAUGAACUAUGAUGGUAAAGGUAUGUCAAAAGUCAAAAUAGACUUCCACCCACCAUGAACCUCCACUCCCAACU